AUGUACGACUCGUACGGCUCGUACAGCUCCAUGGGUGCCGGCGCCGGCCCCAUGGACAUAAUCUCCAACAAUCUCGGCACAAACGGCUCGGCCUGCGCCUUCCCCUCGUGGCCUCGGAGGCCGUCUCUGUCGGACUCGGAAGGCUCGGAGCCGCGGCCGACGUCGUUCCUCUCCGACGACGACUUGUGCAUGUCGGACCCCUUCGAUGACGAUGCUCACAGCGUCUCGUGCUCGAGCACCAGCACCAGCACCCGAUCCUCGCCCCACGCGCCGACGACGGAGCCGCCGCACCCCGAGCGCCUGUCCGUCGAGCACCUUUUGCAGCUGGAGCGCGAGCGCGUCGCCAUGCAGCGUGAGUUUGUGCGUCAGGUCAAGCUGGAGAAGGAGAGGCGGCGCCAGUCGGCGCUGCGGGCGAGACGCAACAGCCCCAAGAAGAACACCAAGGGGAAGACGGCCGGCCUGACGACCAUUGCCGAAGGCAGCGAGUGA